AUGGGCAAAAUUCUACAGAAAAGGAAGGCUCGUUCCGGUCUCUCUAAGGCCAAGGCCAAGAACAACCGUCUGAAGAGCGGUAACAAGAAGAUUAACGUCCUGGGCAACGCCAUCAUCGCGCAAAACUGGGACCGUGAAUUGACCCUUACACAAAACUACAAGAAGCUCGGUCUUCUGCACAAACUCAACGCCCCCACCGGUGGUAAGGAACGAAUCCCCGGACGCAACGACCUCGGCGAGAAAUCAAACUCGCUCCACAUCAACGGCAGCGCCGUUGCCGCCGCUCAGAUCGAUCUGGGCGAGACAAAGGUUGAGCGCGAUCCCGAGACCGGCAAGAUUCUGCGAGUCAUCCACGACUAUGAUGAGAUCGAAGUUGCCGGCAAGAAGCGCCGUCGUGACAACCCGCUCAACGACCCUCUGAACGAGCUAUCAGACAACGAAGACACCCCUGGUCGGGUCAUUUCCGGCUCCAAGGUUGUUCAGCAGUUGGAGCGCCAGGCCGACCUGGAGGGACAGGGAGAGAAGGCUAAGAAGCCGCGGCAUCAGAGCUCGCGCGAGGGAGAGUGGAUCUCGCGGUUGAUUGAGAAGCAUGGGGAUAAUAUCUCGGCUAUGGUCCGUGACCGUAAGCUGAACCCUAUGCAGCAGACUGAGGGUGAUAUCCGGAGGAGACUCAACAAGUGGAAGAAGGGCCAGGCAUGA